AUGUCUGCCUAUGAUAACUCUACAAGUGCGCCAAACACCAACGGUGGUGGCAUCACCAAGAAAUCCGUCUCAAUAAAUGUAAAAGAGCAAAGUGACAAGGUUAAGGCUGAUUUCUCCAACCUAGCUGCCGCACGUACCACUCCUACUACUCAAGCAGCUACUGGCCAGCCGCUCACCCAUUAUCACUCAUUCUUUUACAGUCUUCUUUCAUGGGAAAAUCCUCGAGCAUCUGGUAUAGCAUACCUCGCCUCAGUAUUCUUUAUUUUCGCCGCAAGAUAUUUGAACUUUGUCCGUUAUCUAUUCAAGAUUACCUAUGUCGUUCUGGGCAUAACUAUUAUGGCCGAAGUUUCAGGAAAAGUACUUCUCUCUCACGGAUUCACGUCACAGAUUCGUCCCAAAAAAUACUACACUGUUCCUAAAGAAACCUUGAACCUAAUCAUAGCCGAUCUUCAUGAGCUCAUCAACUUCUUCGUCAUUGAGGCCCAGCAAAUUAUCUUUGCCGAGAACCUUCCCGUUUCUAUAGGUGCAUUUGUCGCAGCCCUUUUUUCAUAUUUCCUAGUCAGAUUUGUUCCAUUGUGGGCUCUUUGUCUCUUGGGAACUUCCUCAUUGUUCCUUGGGUCUUUGUUUUACGUUUCAAAUCAGGAGAUGAUUGAUCAGCACCUUGCCUGCACCGCUGAUGUGAUUAAUAAGCAAACAGAGCAGGUUAAGGUGCUUGCCAGCCAGCAAGCUGCCCGUGCUACCAAACAAACUAUGCUAUUCAUGGAGGACUAUUCAAUCAAGGCUCAAGGAAUGAUUUCAGGUGGUCGCCGUCCCUCAAAUCAGGUACAGAUAGCCUCAAACGCAUCAAAGACGGAACCGUCACUAAAGAAAGAGAAUGCUUCAUCACUGAAUAUUGAGGAUUUUCCUGUUGUACCAGUAGAAGAAUUCAAACCAACCCCGAUAUCUGAGGACCCAAUAACAUUAAUAGGGUCGGAACACAACUUAAUAUCAGCAUAA